UGUUGAAGCUUCUUUCAAGAGGAUCAUGGGAAACAGUUUUGGCUAGUGAGGCGGAGGGAAUUUCGAAAUAUUCCGUGUUAAUGGAUGAUUCAAAGUGGAGGAGCUCUCUCUGACCGUGUGAUGGAGGGACACGACUGAUGCUCACUGUCAGAUAUGGAGGUGAAGCUGGAGGUGGUGCUGUCAUCCAGCAUCAAAAGGAAGAAACCAUGGCCUCGAUUUUGCUGGCUGGGGCAGGAGAAAGAGUCUGUUUUCCUGUUAGAUGACAAACGGAUCAGUGAGAUCAACAUGGCAUCUGGACGCACCAAGAAGAAGACUCCCAAACUGUACCCCUUCCUCAGCAGGGUGGUCACGAUGGCUGCGUCCCAGAACGGUGCAUGGCUGUGUGGACUGCUGCGCUCAGGAGAGCUGUUUCUGUGGAACAGGGAUAGAGACUUGUUGAAGACUGCUGCAGCAGUUCCAGAAGUAGCUCAGCUGAUGACUCCUGUUCAAGGGAAUGGCAGCACGCGUCCGUCUCUGCAGGUGUCAGGGGAUGGGAUGCGUGUGCUCCUGGCAGCCCUAACAGGACAGGUGUUCCUGUGGGAGUGUGUGGAUGUCAGGGAUUUGACAGGGGUACGAGACGGCACUGUUCGGGGAAACUGGGCACACAUACAGCCCCUUGAAGAUACCGCUCUGCCAUCCUCGCAUGACAAAGAAGCAUCCCAACACAGCAUCUUUGUCAAGACAGAGGCUAUUGGUGACACCUGCUUAUCAGCAUUUGUUUUCACAUCGGGGGAGAAGCUAACUGUCACCUUUCUGAAAAUUCAGUGGGACGAAGGCCAUGCAAGGGUCGGUUCUGUGGGAUACAACGUACAGUGGGCCAGCAAGACAUACCCCAUGUCCCGUCUCAGUCCGCCCUGUCGCCCAGUCAAGUCCAGAGGGGCACUGAUACCAGCCUUCUCUCCUGAUGGCCAACUAUUAGCCAUAGUCAUGAACCAGAGACAGCCAAGGGCCACACAGGUUCUCUUUGUCAGCACACAAAAUUUUGUCUCAAUAUCUAGUGGACUGGGAGGAUGCGGCAGCAAGAAACUGGAUAUCCCCUCUAAAUACACAAGAUCCUACUGGGUGGGCAGUGUAAGCUGGUCACCAGGUGGGCUUUUCCUGGCCUGUGUUCUGAAGCGAGGCUCUCUGCUCAUGCUGGCUCGCUUUGGCGGCCUUCUCUGUCUGUCAAGCACCGGUUGCAAUGUUGACUUUGAAUCAGCACACUUCCUGCCCCUGCAUCCUCUGGUCACUUACAGACCACUGAUGUCUCCAAGGAAAGGGGAGGCCUCUCUGUCCAGCUCUAGUAUGUCUAUACGGGACGUCCUGAGGCAACGCUACUCUGUGACCUGGCAUCCUCGGCUUUUCUACCUCAUUGUGUCUGAUGGCUACAUGGCCACAGUUUUGAGGGUGCUAGAGAGGCCUUCCCCUGCCAUGCUCCUGAAGAAUCUCCUGCGUGACACCAGCAAAGACUUAGAAAGGGCCAGCCGGAUACUGGAAAAGUCACAGAUUCAUGCAAGGGCAUGGUUGGAGUCAGUGUCUUGCCUGAAUCUUGGCAGCAGCCAGGAGGAGUUAAGACCCUCUGCUACAUCUGGGCACAACAGCACACACACAGCCACUUCACCAGCCAAAGAUGGGUCAACUUUACCCCUUUUCCUGCAGGAUCAGGGGACCAUGGAUGGCACCAAGGAGCUUCUUCAAAAAGUCCAGGCUUUAUUUGAGGAUGAUUCUGAUCUCGAGGGCCCACCAGUUGGUUCCCAUAUGGAGGACAGUGGUCAUCUAGAAUUUGCCUCAAUGUUUGACACCCUUCAUGCGCUGUUGGAACCUCAGACUGGCCGUGGAGCUGCUGCUGACCCAAAAUGUGAAAGGAACUUUGUUGAUUCAGGAAGGAAGACUCCUGGUCUUCUUCGUGAACUUGGACAGAUCCAGGGCAGCCUGUUAAGAGCCUGGGCUUUGGGUUUGUCUCUCGGAAGCACUGUAGCAAAGAGAGGGCACCUGCUAAAGCACACCCUUCACUGUGUGCUACGAUUUGCUGCUUUGCUCCAUUUGAUUCCGAACUCUGCGGUCCACGCGAAGAAUAAGAACAUCUCUGUCUCUGCUUGCCUGUUGCACCUUCUCAAAACCCUUCUCUCUUUUCUUCCCUGGGAUGCCACUGGCUCAGAUGGGCUGAACUGCCUGGGGUUGGUGGUAGAGCUCAGCAAACAGAUGGUAUGUAUGCUGCUUUCCCCUGGCCCUGAGUCCUACCAGAGUGGUUAUGGUCAAGUAUCGUCUCAGAGUCUAUCGACGGCCCUGCUUAUCCUGCAGCUGACCUCUGAUUCUCUCAACCACACCUAUAGUCUGCAGCAAAGAACUGUCUGGACCUCUUCACAACAGGAUUCUCUUCAGCCUUCAGAUAUCUACCAUGUACCUCUGCUACAAGACAAGGAAGAGAAACCCUGUUUUGUACAUCAAGCACUACCUGUCCCUCAGCGACCCUCCAGCAGAUUGCUGAGAGGGUGGCAGUGGGUGUACAGGAUCACCCUAAAAUAUAUGGAGGAGCUGAGAGGCUACAGAAACUGUGAUGGCUGGCAGGAGGAGCAGCAGCAGGUGUCUGCCAUCCUGUCUCAGAUCCAGACAACACUUCAGGCGUCAGGAGAGAGGCUUGAGGAAGUUCCUGCACUGCUCAGUUACCCAGGAGAGCAUCUGUACCUGUUUGGCUUCUACUCAAAGAGUGCUGAUGUGUGGCGGUCAGAAAUCUGGGCAAAGAGAACAAGAAGUUGUGCAAGCAGUGUAUUCCAGGAGACACGGCUGUGUCUGGCUCUUCUGUAUGGACUUCUGUCCCAGUACUGUUUGAGAGAAGCCCAGGGGCUGGGGGACCACAUGGCUCGACUGAUGCUGCACAGGGCCGGACACCAGAAAGACAAUAUUACCUGUGAAACAGCAGAAGCUGCCCCUUGCCCGUGGCUGCCAUUGGAGCUUAGCAGUGAGGCAGCCUGUGCAGUGAUUCAGACUCUGGGGAGAUUCAUGGCCUCUUACUUUACCAACCAACCCCUUUACAUCCUGCCGCCACAUAGUGUGGAUAUCUUGCCUCCACUACAUCUCCCCCAUGGCCCUAAUGUUGGGCGCUUGGUGCCGCUGUGCCAGGAGAGGGUAGCUGGUGCAGUUCGAAGUCAGCAGCUGUCUGAGGCAUGGACAGUAGGGUAUGCCCAGGACCUGCUCCUGCUAGGAGGGCUGCUUCCUGAGGCUGUAUGGCUGGCUCACCAUCUUGGGGACUGGAAGACCGCGGCCUUUGUGGGUGUAGCCUAUACAACUUACUGCAACGACCACUGCAACUUCACAAGGCCCAGAUAUAAAGAGCUCCACCUCCCAGAGGCCUUAACUCCAGCAAACAUCUUUGAGGCUCAGCUGGAGUCUCUGCUUGGCAGGAGGGUUGGUUCACAGGAACCUGAAGGAGAUAAGGAAAGCCCCAAGAGAGUCACAGACUCUUUGGAAGGAGAAGACUGGGAGUUAUUGCAGGUUUCUACACAGGAGAUUCUGAAAGCUUCAGUCAUGGCUGAAGUGAAUGUUAUGUCUUCACCCUUGUGUGCCUUGCUGGAUACAGCCAAAGACAUGUGCUCUUGCCUGCCUGCCUUGGUACCCAGUGGACUCUAUCUGCCUGCACCACCACUGUACUGUCCCCAGCCUUCCCCCAACACUCAGGACCCCAUAGGGACAUUAGGGCAACUUACAGAAGUUGCCUCUCGGCACAAAGUGUCUGGUGUGCUCCAGAGAUUACUGUUGCUUCUGAGAUCUGCACGUUGUUGCCGUCCUGCUGCCCAGUGGUACAUCAGCCAUCUGCGCCGGGCCAGACAUCUCCUACACAAGAUCAAGCAGAAAUACUCCCAUCCAUCUGCUGCUAAAGAGGAGAGGGCUUUCCCAGAGGGCCUGAUGAAGUUUGUCACCUAUGGAGGAUUUUUCAGACGGGGACCUAAUGGAGACGGUUGCCUGGACCCAGUCACCAUUCAAACUAUUAUCUGUUUCAGGGAGCUGUGUGCUUUGUGCUGGAUGCUUCAUGUCAGGGACCAGCUCUCUGUUUCCUGCAGGAAGUAUCAGGCAGCCAGGCAUCAUGUUAGAGAUAAACAGAUCCCUGAUGACUCUGAGGUGAAAUCUUCCUGUGUGGAUGCUCUCCACUGGGCCUGCCGUUUUCUGCCUUUCUCUCGCUUCCUCAAUGCUGAGGAAAUCCUCCAGGACAUACUGCUCAGCCUUGUGUCUGAACUACCCCCUGUCUCUCUGGUGGCAGAGACACUGGUACGGGCCUUCCCACAGGAGGAAGAGUCAGUCAGAGUCCCUCUGAGAGAAAAGUACAGCUCACUGCUGCAGAGACUGAACCUCUGCACUGUUCUUGAAGGAGAAAAAGAGGAGAGCAAUGAGUUGAUGAUGAUUCUGGUUCGAGACAAACUCAGACAGAGGAGAAAAGAUCUUCUGCGUCUGCGGAGGCACCUGGCCCCAACUGAGCUCUACCUCUGGGAGAGAGAGGAAGAAGAGGAGGACAAGGGGGGCAGACAGGGCACGGCCAUGUUAGGCCAACUUUCACUGGGGGCAAGUCUGAGUAACAGCACACUAACUGAAUGUGGGCACCCCCUGGUGUACAGCGAUGCUGACACAGCUGAGAAUACAUCUGAAGCUCUUUCUCCUGACCUGCCAAACAAAUCAAUAACCAGCAGCAAGAGCAUUAAAGUACAAAAUAGAGAAGAUGCAAAAAGGACUGCUGUUAAGAUCAAGCAGCUCAUUCAGGAGGAGAGUGACAAUUGCCCAGGCCCAGACAAGGAGGAUAAAGGCCAGAAUAAUUUGGAGCAACCUUGCCUACCUGUGGUUGGCACUUGGGAGUUUGAGCUGGAAGAUGAAGAAUACCUAGGUUUCCUGGAACUCUUCCUUAGUUAUGUGCUAGAGAAAGACGGUGCUGAUGGUGCAGAUUCAGGCUGUGAGCUUCCUCUGUUGACAGGCUUUUGCUCUCAGCUGAGGGAGAGAGAGCUGCAUUCCCUCACCUUUGAUGUGCUCACCACUCUGCGUCGUCGCCAAAGGGAUGGACGCCAUCCACCACGACGGCACGGGAGCAGUGACGCUCCAGUGUUCAGGGCAGGGUGCUGUUUUAAGCCCAUCCAACAAGGUACAUUGCCUGAACCUCAGACUUCCUCAGCUCGGAGUGAACCCCCCAUAUCCAGAACCAGCCUUUCAGUUGCCUCUCUCCCUGGGCUGAGAGCUGGGAAGCAGCAGGGUUUAUUUGGCCUCCAACAGCAGACCAGCGUGGCCUCAGACCUGGGAAUGAAGGGAAAUCACUUGGGCUCUAACCCUAGCACUGUUCAGAGCUCUUUUCUGUGGAGGCAUCCGUCAGAGUGCAUGGAGUCUGGCUCCCUAACAUCCAUGGAAGCUAUAAUGGAGCUGCAGCAAGGCCUGGAUCCUAAAUUAGAGGCUCAGUUCCCAGAGAUGGGCAGGCUGCUGGAGUGGAUGGCACGCUGGGCUGAUAGGAGGGUCGUACUAGGCCAUCAUGGGAAAAAGAAGCAGAAAAUCGGGGCGGCAGGGGAUGGAGAAGUGGCUGAUGGACGUGUAGUGAUACGUGUUAAAACCUCAGCACCUGCUGUUCUCACAGCCCUCAGCUUACUGGGGCACAGAUACACCGCUGCCCUUCAGGGGACAGACAGCUACAGUGCCCACAUCCAGGUCCCAGAAACACACUGGACUGUUGCCCCAGUGCUGAAACCUGAGGUGGGCCAGAAGCCGGAGAGAGAGAGCAGUGUUGAUACAGGCUACCCUGGGUCAGCCAACACUCCAAGUACCCUUCCUGAUCACAACCCACAGAAGGAAGAGCUGUCCUUUGGAUCUCACACAGAUGAACCAGAGCAAGUGACAUUUCAGAAGAUACCACUCCGUAAUGACAGAGACCAAGUGGCCUUUGACUCUGGUAUAAGAGCAUCAAGUUCACAACAACCCUGUCUUGAUGAAUUGGUUGUUGAUGAAACACCAGAAAAAAAAGGCAAAAGAAGUGAGAGCGAGACGCUGAGAGAGUCAUCCUCUUUUUCUGUUGGAGACAUCUCUGGGAGUCUCUCAGCCGAAAUGUCUCUUGCAGAUUUGGAUGUUUCAGAAAAAGAUGACAGCAUCUCCAGUACCACCACUUUUGGUUCCAGAGAAAGUGCAGGUCCUUCACAUCCAGAGCCCCAGUCUCUCCCUGCUGUGCAGCCAGAGACAGGGCUUCACACAGAGCUCUCUGAUCCCACUGGAGUGAAGCUCCACAACACAUCAGUAGCUUCUCCACACCUUCGGCCACAAAGCUCCACUGCUACUGCACCCACUGCUGCCUCUACUGCCUCUGACCCCCUGAUGCAAGUUGUGGAUGCCUCCAUUUCCACCCCUCCUUCAAGCAGAAUGGUCCAGGAGAACAGUUGCUUUGGCCAAUCUAACCUGAACUCAACACAUUAUAAUGUGUCAUCAUCAUAUUCUACCGGUUUCCUUCCUCAACCAAAUCUCAUACCCCUCCACACCAGCACUUCUGCAGGACCUCAGACACAGUCUUUUGUUCCUUUGUCUGGAUCCAGCAACCCUCAGUUCAGCCAGGCGCCUGCAUACAUGUCUGCAGACCAGCCUGCCAUACAGAGCUCAGUGACAGCCCACUCUGUUAGACUCCUUGACCAACAUCCCGCCACUAGGACUCUGCACUCUGCUGCCAGCAGUACAGAGGAAAACUAUCAGGACAUACAGCCAUUGUCUGUGCAGGCAGAAUCACCUGAAAGCCUGUUUGGGCAGAGCAGGAGGUCAAUCCCAUGUUCUCAGGGGCUUCUGACCAUGGUAGGCCCCAGUCAGCCAAUCCCCACUGCUCCUUUGGUGCUGCCUACUAAUGUUAACACACAUAAUAUGUCUGCUCCUCAUGUCAUGGGGCUAAAGUUACUACAGCCUCAGGGUUCAUCCCACUGUCCCUCAGUCCCAGAAGCUUGGGGACUUCAGUCUGAGAACAAGCCCCCUCACGCCAAGCUCAAACUGUAUGAUCAAGCCACCCCAAAGAGGGCAGAGGAGGAAAAGAGACGUGAGUCUUCAGUUCCAAGAAGACGACACAGUGUGGCUUUGUACACCAGUCCUCCACGUGACCCAGCUGCCAGAGGUUUUCUACCCCAGGAUCAGAUGUCAGAGCCCCUCUUCGAAAGAUCCAGAAGACAAGAGGUCCUGCUGCUACCCCGCGUUGUCCCAGCCACAAGACCUCUGCCAACUCAGGGGCUUCGCCUGCUGCAUUUUCACCCUGAUCCACACCCAUCCAAAAUCUUGCCCCAGGUGUCCUUACCAUCUUCCUCUAGACCCUCUACCAACAUUGCAAUUCCCAUGGCCUGCACUCCCAGGAUCAAACUUCUGCAUAUAGAUCCUGAACCAAAACUGAUGCUGCCCCUCUCAGCUCCUCCAGCUCAAAUGGCCCGUCUCAUCCCCCUGGAGGAGUUGACAGGUUCUGCUGUUGGGAGGCAACAAACUGGAGUUCAGCUGCUCAGUGUAGACCCACCUGCUGAAUGCACUGAAAAAACUAUGACCUCUGCCAGCUCCAACUCCAGCAGGAGGCAGAAGAAGAGAGUGGAGAAAAUGAGGAAGGCUGGAAAGAAAGCUGCAGUCACAUUCAGACCAAAUGAGUCCAUCAUCCCUACGCAAGAGCCAGCAGAAGAACCUGUAAAUGAGGAGCCUCCAGCUGAUGGAGUAGAGUCCACACUUGGGGAAGACUUUGCCAUUCCAAAAGGGUCCUUUGACUCCUUGCUGACUGGUCAGAGAUUAUUGGACAAGGCCAUGUCCACUGCAGCAGAGCUCCAUGCCUUUGCCUCCACACAUAAGAAACCUCCAGAGAGUCAUGACGCUUUCACCAACACAGACCCAGUUUGUCCUCCCACACUUUUGGAUAAAGCUGUAUCUGCCCGUGCCUCACUGAUUUCCCUGAGCCCUGAGUCACAAAGUUUGACGGCCGCUCUCCCACCAAGUUUGUUUGAGAAUUCGCGGUUUCCCAGAGAGCCCCCUGUUUGUGACACAGAGGAGAUGCCACAGGAAACUGAGAAGAGUGUGGAUGUGGAAGGCCGUCAGUUCAUCAGUGUGAUCGACCUGGAAGACCAGGCCCUGCACCAGGAUUUGCCACCAUGUCUCGGUCCAACAGUACAAGAUGUUCCUGCCGCUCAGCCUUCUUCCCCUACAUCAGCACAGCUUCAUUUACAUGCGCUCUCUGUCAUUAGGGCUGACAUUCAGCCCUCAGUCACAGAUACUGAGGAUCGCCUGGAACCCACCACUCAGCCAGAAAUCCCUGAGGUGUCUCCUUCGCCCAGUGGCAUGACUGCCACUCAGCAGGACAAGGUGGGCCCCUCUGAGGCCUUUGGACCCCAGAAGACCCAGAGCUGUGGGUCUUCCAGUGCCUUCUCCACACACCCUGAAGUCCAGUUUUCUGCUCGCCUGUCAGAGAUGGAUGCCCAGCUAGCUGCCCUACAGAAAAUUGCAGACAAUAUGAAAAUGGACUUUUCCAGCUGCAAAAUGUUGGUGAACAGCAUUGAAUUGCGCAAGCCGGCCUUGGCUCCUGAUGUGGAGAACAAAGUGCCACUCAACAAAACGGUCAGCCUGUCUGUCCCACUGAAAGCAUGGAGAGCACGACCAUAUGCCUUCACUGAACCACAUGCCUGUAAAGAAGAUGAAGAAAAGCCAGAGGAGGACUUGCUUCAUAAUGACUCUUCUGCUCCACAAAGACAGCCCUCUGGUCUUUUUUCUAAUUCUGCUGACAGUCAGAGAGCCGGCCCUUCCUGCCAUCAUGCUCCUUCAAAAAUGAACGAUCAGUCAGAUGAAGCAUCUGGACCAUCUGGAAUAUGGGCAGAUGAGAUUCUUGGUCAGAGCGGGCUAAGUGAUGUGGCAGAUAUUUUGGCCGAGUUGGUGCGGGAAGGUGCUUUAUCCCCAACUGAUUUGGAUUUGUCCAGUUCACAAGAAGCUCACCCUAACAGCAGGCUGAACCAGCAGCAGGGUGGAUGGACACCGGAGAACCAUGUCCCUUCAGAGGAUGAGCGGGAACAGUUGAGGAUCUGGAUGAGAAGGAAACAGAGGGAGAGACUGGCUGUUUACAAAAAACAGAGAGAGAGGAUGAGGGAGAGAGAAUACAGACCUUACUCCACCGCUUUAGCAUUGAAAUCAUCAUGCAAAAAUCAAGCUGGAGUUUGGAAGACCAAAGAGGAAAAAGACAAGAUGGUUCUUUUGGAGCAAUAUAACCUGAGGACCAGUGAGGCUUGGUCUGUGAUCAGUGACUGUCCUGCCUCUCCACCGACUUUGCCCAGAUCCUCACAGCCUGAGGCUGCUCCGUUUCCCUCCUCCAUCCGGCCUGCCACAGCUCAAACCUCUGGCAGUAUGAACAGUUACAGGAAUCGUAGUCCAUCCGCUGAUGAUAAAAGAAGAGGUCUGAAGUCCCAGUCAGGACAAGCUCAGCCCCACUUUAGCCGCUCAAAGAGCGCUGAGGUGCAGGGAGGGCGUCUGUCGUUGGAGAGUCAGCACAGGAGAUUUGGACUGCACAGACCAGUGAGCUCUCUGCCAAGGGACCGUCUAUCUCAGGUAACCAGACGUGGCAUGCUGACUGACAUGAAGAGCAAGGCUGAAUCCCACACGGCUAGCCAGUAUGAGCAACUGCACAAAGGCCACCAGAGGAAGGCGGCACUGAGCAGAUCUCCAUCUGGAAGAAAUGCUGUUGGAAGAGAAAUAGGAAGGGAACAGAGGGAGAGAGAGGAGAGAGAAGCAAUGAGCUCAUGGAAGCCGCCCCCAGAGACGUAUGGCUUCCUGGGCCCUGAGGAGUCACAAUCUGAACUAGGUGUACCUGGUCUGCCCGAUGACCAGGAAGACGGUGCCCGGGGUGGUGCAUCAGAAAUGGACUGGCUGGAGAACCUCUCCGACAGCACCGGCAGCAUCCUCAGCAAAAUCGACUGGGCUGCUAUCGAGCGCAUCGUGGCUGCAGAGGGAGCUGUUUGACCAGCUGGAGCUUUCAGGAGGCUGGCGACUUGGCCAGCUCUAGAAAAAAAAAAACAUCAUCAUUGUCAUCAUCUUUUCACUUGAGAAGAUGGCUUUAAAUAUUAAAAACACAGUCCAACUAUUUAUGUACCCAUUGAGUUGAUGUGAAGUGGAAGCAUUUCAAAAACCGUGCUAUUUUCCUGUAGAAUAAUGUAGAAUAGAACGUGCCACGUCCUGUCCUUGAAAACACAGGUUCAUUUUAUUUGUGCAUGUGUGUAAAAUGCCUUCUAUAUUUAUAAUAUAUUUUUGUAAAAGCAAACUUACUGUCCCAGCAAUAAUAAAAUAUAUUGACUUAA